CUGGAGUGCUCUGGCCCACAGAGGAAAACUCCGGAAGGGACCUGUCGGGACGAUUUGGAAAGAGGAAAGGAAGAGUAUGAAUGAGGAACCAUGGCAGCUAUGGUUGCUGUUUGCGCUGGUCUAGGGAGGAAAACAUUGACAAACUCGGUAGCGACUGCUGUCUGCCUCAAGGAUCCCGGGAGUCACGCGGUGCUGUGGAGAAGAGGUUGUUCACAAUAUAAACAGAUAACCAGCAAUGAGGACCUGCCCGUUCCAAUGGAAAAUCCUUAUAAGGAGCCUCUCAAGAAAUGUGUCUUGUGUGGAAAACGUGUAGAUUAUAAGAACGUGCAGCUUUUGUCCCAGUUUAUUUCUCCAUUUACUGGAUGCAUUUAUGGAAGGCACCUAACAGGUCUUUGUGGGAAGAAACAGAAAGAAAUCACAAAAGCAAUUAAGAGAGCUCAAAAACUUGGGUUUAUGGCAGUUACGUACAAGGAUCCUGCGUAUCUCAACGACCCUAAAAUUUGUAACGUCAAAUAUCGGGAAUAAAUUAUGUGAGGCUACCACCAAUAAAUAUUUUACAAGCACCCCUAUUGAAUUUCUGGGAAGAACAAGCCUUUUCUUACCUGCUUUAUGGGAUACUGUGAAGACUAAUACUGCUUAAAAGGUCUGUUUAAGUACUACACAUUUUUAGGAGUUGAAAAUAAUGCAUACAAUACCAAAAAACAAAAGGUCAAUCAGGGAGUACCUUUUUGACACUUGAUAAUAUUUUCCUCAGUGCUUGUUCAUUCACUUCACCUGAAGAAUUAUAAAAGCUGUAAAAGCCAAAAUUAAAAGAUAUUUCAAAUAAGCUAAAAAUAUGAAUAAUUUUAUUAGCAUUUCUAAUUUUAGUUAUUGCUAACUCAAACUACCCAACCAAAAUCCAUAUACUUGCUUGCCUGACAAACUCCUAAAAUAAAUAGUAGAGAAAGUUCUCAAAUUAACAGACUUAAAGUGGUAGAAACAUGAAGUCCAUAAGCAAUGAAAAGGAAAGGUAAACUUGGGCAUCACUUUUUUUUUUUUUAAACCUAAAACAAAACAGUAAACUAUCCAUUAAAUACAGGUAUUAGAAAGUAAGUUCAUAUAGCCAGUUCACAAUUCAUUCAUAGUUUAUUAAAAUUUUUUAGAAUAUUGAUACACACAAAAGAAUGCAUAAUGCGAACAAAUGACAAAAGGACAAUUUAUUCACUGCUACUUCCAAAAGCUACGUGUCUUGGGAGGUAGUAGGAUUUUUUGGUGGGGAGAGGUAUAGGUUUUGGUUUAGUUUGGUCUUUGUUCUGUAGCUGGAAUGUCCAAGGUGUAAGAAGAAUCAGAGAUAAUUCUAAAACACUCUGAAGCGUUUACUUCCAGCUUUCUUGCUCUUAAAAUAAGAGACUGCAAAUAUUUCCUUCCUUCCUAGCAAUUCACUGUGAUCAAUAAUACUCUUUUCUAUGACAGGGAAAUGUUAAGCAAAACCUGCUACAAAUAAUAUUCAUUAUAAUAGGCUAUUACUGAUAAUUCUAAAGUGUAUACUGAAAAAAAUUAGUUAUAUAAAACUGAGAAAAUAUACCCAAAUAGGCAAUAUAUAUAUUUUUAAGUUACAAGGACUUCAUUAAAAAUUUUCCAUUAAUGGAUCCAAUCAAGAUGAUGGAAUAGAUGGUCCGCAGCAUCACUCUCUCCCACAAAUCAACCAAAUUUACAACUAUAAAAAUGUAACAUCAGCCAAGCCAGGGCAGCUGGAGCUCAGGGGAAGAGAAGGAGAGACCUACGGAGUUCAUGAAGGUGGGAAAAACCAUGACAAGAGAAAGAAAAAGCUGCUCUGAGCAUUUCGGGCUACGGCUGCUUUAAGGCUCGAGCUGACGAGUGCAUGGAGCAGGAGCCGGCAGAAGCCACAGCUGUGCCCUUCAGAUGGAGUUACUAGGAGGCAGCAAGAGAGAAGAGGGCCUUGGUGGCCCCCAGGACAGCAAGACCGCUAACAGGGUUCAUGUGGACCCACGCAGGAGUGAGGAGCCAGAACAACUGAAAAAAGGGAGCCACUCAGAGGCUGGUGAGUCAUCGCAUGGGACCGGCGCAGAGCCCAUCCCAUGGGAAGUGUUUGCAGCACGGGCGGUGGGGGAGACGUGCCCACCAGGGGAACACUGGGACACAGCAAGGACAGCUGAUCUGCCCCCCAGUCAGCACAGGACCACUCAGAAGAGACUGGUCAGGAAUGCAGAAUUGCAUGGGGUGUAGUUUGAUGAAAAAACUCAGGCCCAGAUCAGAGAUUCUACAGAACACAGAUCCUCUAGGUCUCUGGAGAGCCGGAAGUACCUAUAAGGUCAACCAUUAAACCCUGAGCUGCAUAAAAAGCCUUCCCGAGGGAAACAGCAGCAAAGUAGCAAUUUAAACAACCACACAGGUCAAGUACUGGUUCCCACAGGAAGUUCCCCCCAUGUUAGAAGCAAAGGACAAAAAAUUAGUUCCGCCCAGGCACACCACCAGCACCUUGGGGCCUGCCUGGGAACUGGAGGCUUGAAUCUGCGGACCGGACCCCAAUCCCACUUCCAGGCAAACUGCACCAGUGCCUCAGGGCCAGCCUGGGGACCUCAAGCAUGGAGAAGGGGACUGGAGCCCCCCCUCCCACAACCAGGCACACCACGCCAGCACCUUGGGGCCUGCCCAGGGACCCGAGGCAAGGAGAAGGGGAUCAAACACACCCCACAACCAGGCAUACCGCCAGUGCCAAGGAGCAUGCCAAAAACAGCACCUCUACAUGGGCGGCCCACCACAGCCAUCACAAUAAUCAUGGCUGCUGCAAAAGCGGCUAGACGCCACAGCCACCACCCAGACGGUCCGCCAACCACUGGAGUGCAUUAACACAAGAAGAGUCACCAGCAGAGACAAAGAAAAGAAGGUGUCUCCUUCCACAAAACCCAUUUCAGAGUGACAGAAGAAGCAUCUGCUCUAUGAUAAUAUUGGUGGAACUGAUCACAUCUCUCAGCAUUGGACAGAUCAUCUAGACAACAAGUUAAGAGAGUAACCAUUAUUCUUUCAGAAGGAGAGAAGAAAUCUAGGGCAAUUAGAGGGGGGAGGGGGAGAAGUUGGACAAGGGGCAUAAAGAAUAAUUACGAUUUGUAACAAUAUAUAUGCUAGUAAUAUUGAUUUAAUCAACAUAUCUCAAUGUU